AUGGUUCAUCAAACUACAGAAAAGGUUAAAAGCAUUAGGGAAAAUAUGAAGGCUUCACAAGAUCGUCAGAAAAGCUACGCUGAAAAAAGGCGUAGGUCAUUGGAUUUUGAAGAAGGAGACCAUGUGUUCCUCCGUGUCACACCCACCACAGGGGUAGGGAGAGCAAUCAAGGCACGAAAGUUAACUCCUAAGUUUAUUGGACCCUAUCAAAUAACUUCUAACAUUAGACCGGUGGCUUACCGAAUUGCAUUACCACCCCUUCUAUCUGGAAUACAUGACGUGUUCCAUGUCUCACAACUACGGAAAUACAUUCCAGACCCUUCUCACGUAAUCAAACCAGACACCAUUCAGCUUAAAGACAACUUAUCAUUUGAAGUAGUACCCGUUAGGAUCGAGGAUAGGAAAAUGAAGCUGCUAAGGAAUAAGGAAAUUUCGUUAGUAAAAAUAAUUUGGAACCAAGCCAUUGGUGAUGCAGCUUGGGAACUUGAAAUGGAUUGUGUGGGCUAUACGCCAAUAGAUUAUGACGACUCCGAGGCACUGGGAGAUGACGCCGUCGAAGACGACGGAAUUCAGCUUUCCUGA